AUGGGGUGUGGAACGAGUUUCGUGAAAUAUGUGCUCUUCUUCUUCAAUCUGGUGGUUGCGCUGUUCGGCCUCGCCAUCGUCGGUAUCGGAGUAGCGGUUCUGCUCAACUGGACGGUGUUGAAGGAAGAGCUGCAUAGUCAGCUGAACGUGGCCCCAUGGGUGUUCAUCGUCAUUGGUGCGGUGAUGUUCAUCAUCGCUUUCUUCGGUUGUUGCGGCGCAAUACGCGAGAGCCACUGCAUGGUCGUCACGUACGCGAUCUUCUUGCUGGUGAUCAUCAUCGUCCAGGUGGUGAUGGCCGUGCUGAUGUUCACAUACGGUGAAACUAUGAAGGAAGCCCUCGUCAAGACCGUCAAUGGAGUUUUCGACAAGAGGUCCAGUGACCCCGCUGCGAACGCCGUCUUCAAUAACAUUCAAGAACAGCUGGAGUGCUGCGGUAAGAACAGCCCGGCGGACUACGGCGUGAUCGGCGUGGUGACCGAUCUGCCGGAGUCAUGCUGCACUCGCGCCACCGGAGUGGUUGGCAAGAUCCUCAGCAAGUGCACCAUCGCCGACGCGAACUCGAUCGGCUGCGGACCCCAGAUCGCCAGCCUCUACGAGAAGUGGAACAAGACCAUCGCCAGCAUCGCUAUAGGCGUCGCCUGUAUUGAGGUGGUCGGAGCGUUGUUCGCACUGUGCCUCGCCAACUCCAUAAGAAACAUGGACAGAAGAUACGCCUAG